UCCAGGCAAAACACGCUCAGCUCCUUCCAGACAAGUUGAAGCUGUGUGGAGCGCGGAGUGGUGCGGCUGGAAAUUACGCCUAAAACUGGACAUAACAGUGGACAUAACUGGCCAAGUACUACCGAGAGACAUUUUAAAAAAGGGGAAAAAGAGAAAAAAACUGGCGGGCGAUUUCCGCUGAUGGAGGAUGAGGAGGAGGACUUGCCUCUGCCGUCUCACUGCUGCGGAAGGCCACUCGAGGACAGAGCGACGACAAACAGAGCUACGCUGAACGAUAACUCCGCACCAAGCUCCGGAGGAGGAGGGAGAAUGCCGCUUCUUCAGACUAUUCCCCGCUGCAGGGUGACGGGCUCUGCAACAGCGCCCCCCUGUGGAACAGCCGGACCACUCCACCGGCCGCUGCACAGCACCGUGGGGUUGGGGUUAGUGUCCAGUCCGACUGGAUCUGCAGAAGAGACCAGAGCUCUUCUUCACAGUCUGAUCUUCUUCCCUGAAGGCGAUCAGGGGUUUGCCCCUCACUUCCCGGCCACGUCCGAGCCGAACCUGCCUGCCGCAAGAGAGGAGGAGCAAGAGCAAGAGGAGGAAGGUGAAGGCAGGCCAGAGGGAAAAGAGGAGGACGCUCAAGAGGGGAUGAGCGUGGAAGUGCAGAUCGGACGGAAACUGCGCGAGAUCGGAGACCAGUUCCAGCAGGAGCACCUAGAGACGUUCAUGCAGUAUCAGAGGGGUCAGUUGCCGGGUUGGUGGCGUUUGGCGACGACAGUCUACAACUUGCUGUUUCCGAGGGAAGCCAUUGGACCACGCGGAGCUCAGAGAUGAGGGAGCACUUCCUGUCCGGGUGCUAGCGCCCUCUGGGGGUCCACUGCAAGAUGAACUUUGGGCUCAGCGAUGGAAAGAGUGAAACAAACUGACGAAAAAAGAGAGAAGAACAAGCGCGGGUCGCCGCUGGACGGAGACUUACUCUGCCCCUCUUUUCUCUCUCUCUCUGUGAAGAAGCCAUCCUAAAAAACGGGGCCGAAAAAAGUGUUUCCUGUUUCUUUUGCCUUAUUUUCAUUUAAUUUUUUCGUUUCCGCUUGUUACAAAAGAACGGACCUCGCCUGAAAUCUGUGAAUGCCUUACUUGAGCCUACAACACCGGACUGGAAUGAUUUUGUAAAUCAGGCAAGGAACGAUUAUUAACCGUUCCGAGCCGCUCAAAGACACUGGACUCACUCCUCACACACAAACUUACAGUUUUCUUUUUUCUCCGUCAGCAUGGUUACGAUUAUUUCUCUUCUGUGCUCGUUUCGGUUCUGUUUUUCUUCUUCUUCUUCUUCUUCUUGGGUUGCCGGUUCCGUCAUAUCUGUAAGACUUCACUUAGUGCUCUCAGUGCCAUCAGGAGAUUCAGUUUAACGAACUCGUUUUUUGUAAUCGUGGAGGGAGAAUCCGAAGACGACUUGUAAACGAUCGAUCCGAAUGUCAUCGAUGGAGCUUUGUCGCCUUAACCUGCAGUCUAAUCGACCUGAAGCCUUUAAGAUCCGAUGCUGAUUUUGUCUCAGAGAGAUCAGACUCUGGCCGAGGAACGUUUUCCUUCUCAGAAGAUUCAGAAAACGCUUGAAAAAAAACGUAAAAGGUCUAUGCGGUUUACUGUGAGCCGUUUCCCAAUCUAAGCUGCACGAUUUUUACACGCAACGAAAGAUUUUUACAUGGAAAAUCAGACGCUUUUGUAACGAGAACUUCUUUCUUUAGGACUUUCUUAAAGUUUUGACCUGUGACUCUUUAAAAUUAAAGGUGCUACGGUGUAAAGAACGGCCACAUUUAGCAAGUAUUGCCUCAUAAAAGGAACAAAACAAAAGAAUGUACCUACAUAUGAAUUAAGAAAAAAAAUUAGGAAUGAAAUUAGUGCGUCAUUUUUAAAAAAAAAAAACAGUGCCCCAAUUUAUAUAUCCUGCAUCUUUAUCCUUACACUGUAUAAAUACUUGGUUAAUGUGGCAUUCAAGCAUUAAUCUAAUCACUGUACACUGCAAUCUGUGACAAAACAGAAACGUCUGCAAAUGGACUUUAAAAAUAUUGCUAUUUGCAUAUUGAUACCGUCACUGUCGUAUGAAAACCUCAGUUUUAAAUGUAUUUACGUCAUUUCAAAAUGCUAGCUGUCCUUCGCAUUUCGCUACUGGACCAACAGAAAUGCUCCAAAAUCUCAUGACAGUACAUUAAAAUUAUGCUUUUCCUUCUCCUACGAAGUUAUUUCCAGAGAUACGAGGUUUUCUACGUCAGUGGCGACACGUACGAUGGUAUCACUACCAUAACAGGUGCAUAAAUGUCCCUCUCAGUGAUGUGAGGUGUUACGUCAUGCGGAGGUUUUAGAUGAUAUCUGACUAAAACAAUCAUGUGGUGGGUAGACGUGGAGCUGUAAAAGCAAUACUGUCGCCACUAAAGUGCACAAACCAGCGUCCGCAGCAGAUAAUCUACAGCAGUUACCGUCCAAUCAGAGCGAGGAAGGCAAUCACUUGUAGGAAAUUACUGUAAAAGCGCUUACAAUUCAGAUACGAACUCAGAUCUAUGAGCUUGUGGUUCUAAUGACGACUCAGUUGAAGAAGUUUGAGGAACUGUACUUCAGUGUAUAUAAACGCCACUGCUUUUAACAGAAUGGGUUGUAAAUGUCUAUGAUUUUGUUUCGAUUGGAGACCCCAAACAGUCGAUUCACAGAUAAAAGUCACAAGGUUUUGCAUUCGCCGAUGAAAUCUGGCAAAAAAGGAGGGAAAAAUGUCCACUGGAGAUCCUUACGCUGGUCAUUUUGACCAGCUGAGCAUCCAAAGCUGUUAUCUAAAGGUAUUUGGUGCAUUUCUUCUUCUCCGAAAACAGAAAAAAAUAUGUACUAUCGCUCUCCCCGGCACCUCAUGGUGGGCUUUUCCUUUAUUGUGACUGUGCAAGAGGCCAUUCGUGACUUUACAAGAGUGAUCUUUUUAUUUUAUGAAUCAUUUCAGGGCGUGGCUAAGAUUUUGUCAGUGUCCAAUGAGAAGGCCAGGACUUUGUCACAUGACUGGCUCGUGAUUUGGGCCUGAUUUUUAUUUAUGUGUAGUAAAGAAGGAUGGGUGUGCAGGAAUGGGACUGUAAUAGAUGAAUAGUAUUUAUUUAUUUUACAUAAAUACAAAUAUAUAUAUAUCUAUAUAUACCUUUGUACAAAUUAAAGAAAUAUGAACGGAUUUAGAUGAAUUCUCAUAAAGGUGGUCAUAAAUGUAGAUGAAAUCUAAAAUUCAGCUGCAUUCCAUCUCCACGGGGCCAAAUGCUUUGUUCAAGGGACUGUUUCUCACAAUUAAACCUGGACUUUAUUUAUUUUUGCCAUUCACAGCUGAUAAUAACAGCACUUUCUUUGCACUUUCAUGAUAAAUAAUUUACAUCUUAGCUAAUCCAGUACAACUCAGAGUUGGUGCUGGGUUGCGUUUUUGAAGCUGUAGGCUAGUUUUAGGGUUUUCUCGGCACCUGAGUCGAGUCAGCAGCCUUCAAGAGCUGAAUCGGGUUGGGUUUUGGGCUGGGCGAAAAAAUUAACUAUUACCAUAUUUUCUUGUUAAAAAAUUAGGAUUAUGGAUGGCAUUACCACUCAUGAAAUUCCAUAUGUAGUUCAGUCUAAUGCUAAAGUAAAGUGAACAGCCACCAGUUAGCAUGGUGCUAAUAAUCUGAAUUGGUGGCUGCUAGCUGUAAACGAUGUUAGCAUAUUUACAUACAGCUUAAGAUAACUAUAUACAUGACUCUGCUAUGAACUUUAUAGCAUUAGAACCAGGGUGUUCUCAUUCCCAACAUGAGCAGUCAUCGUCUAUCAGGGAUCCAGUCGUCAAUCAUUACUGAUAUCCGGUCCGAUUACAUCGCCCAGCCCCAGCUGGACCAGUGAAAACACUAAAAGAGAGCAGGCAGACACUCUGGUUCUCAUACAGUCCUGAACAAAGCAUCGUUCUUCACUUUCCUGUCCUCUUCCUCUCAGACAGGGGGUUUUAGCUCUUGUCCUGGAGUCCAGGUGCUUAGGCUCAGUGCUUUUCCUGCUCUAACACACAGCAGCAGUUCAGUCAGAUGCUAACGUUGCUAAUGAAGGUAACAACCAGCAGUUAGCAUUCUGCUAAUAAUCUGAAGUGGUGGCUACAGGCUGUAAACCAAACUGGUUUCCCACUCCUGUGAUAAAGAUCUGCAGUCGUGCUACAGGGACUUCCAUAAGAAUCUUACAGUAAACAACAACUACUACUGUACAGGAUACAGGAUAUAGUAAUACGUAUUACUGUCACUGUAAGACUACAGGAACACCGUAUGGUGGCAGUGAGCAUUACUGAAGUAUUAAACAGCAGCACAGAAGGGCUGCAGUUAACUACUGUUCAAACUACUGUUUUUUGUAAGGGACGCUUACAAAAUGUUAGCUUACAAGAUGUUAGUGCAGGAAAACCCAAUGGUGGCUCCCGGUCCUGAAGCUAAAGCGCCCCCUGUUGGGGAAAACUGUAUUUUAUGGAAGCCUGUUUCCACUACUGGAAAAAAAUAGCCGUUUAAUAAGUCAUAAUAAUGAGAAAAGUUUCCGUUAUGAUUUAGUAUUUUAAUUGUGACUUAGGAUCUCAUAACUACAACAUAGUAUCACAUGAUAUGUCAUAAUUAUGACUUAGUAUCUCAUAAUUAUGAUUUAGUAAAUCGUAAUUAUGAGUUGGUAUCUCAUAACUGUGACUUACUUUCUCACAAUAAUAUCUCAUAAUUAUGAUUUAGUAUCUCAUAACUGUGACUUUCUCAUAAGUCUCAUAUUUACGACUUAGUAUGUCACAGUAAUGGAAAACUAUCUCAUAAUUGUGUCUUUAUACUGAGGUCCUAUCUUAUAAUUACGACUUAGUAUCUCAUAAUUAUGACAGUAUAUCAUUAUUACAACUAUCUCGUAAAUUUACUUAGUAUCUCAUAAUAAUAUCUGUCGUAAUUAUGACAAUGUCUCAUAACUAUGAUUUAGUAUUUCAUAAUUAUGAGUUAGUAUCUCUUAACUGUGACUUACUUUCUCAUAUGUCUCAUAAUUAUGACUUUAGUGUCUCAUAUUUACAACUUAGUAUUUCACUAUUGUGACUUACUAUCUCAUAAUUGUGACUUAAUACUGGGGUCCUAUCUCAUAAUUACGACUUAUUUCCUGAUAUUUAUGACUAGCUAUCUCAUAACAAGGAGAUCCUAUCUCAUAUUAUCUCAUAAUUAUGACUGUAUCUCAUAAUAAUAACUUAUGACUUCCAAUCUUGCAGUUACAACUUAGAAUCUCAUAAUUACGACUUAGUAUCUCAUUAUUAUAACUUCGUAUCUCAUAAUUACUUACUAUGUUAUAAUUAAGAUAAACUUUUUUCAUUAUUAUGUGGCCUCUUUUUCCCAAGUGUGGCAAACGGGCUUGUUUUUUUAUUUCAUUCCAUCCGGUGAUCCAUAAACCUCCUCCAUCCGACUGAUCUACAGUGCUAUGCUGCAUUGCUGUCGCUGUCGAGCCGAGCUAGCGUUAGGUGUGCCUCUUCUACUCGUGAACCGCUCUCAAUGAUCUACUUGCAGACAAUCAGACCGCUACGCGUGCCUUAGGGCCAGCACACCAGCUCAGCAACCAGGCAAAACUUGCAGAAAUAAAAAAAGGAAAUAAAAAUAACUGUUUUUGAUGUCAGCUUUAAGCAUGAGCACAUGCUGGUUUGCCACAGAUCAUACUGCUGUGAACCGUCCUCUUAGGGUCCAAGCAAAAGGCUAGUUCACUGUGGCUAGCACUGAGUAAUCGUUAUAUGGGGUCAGUAUUUAGUUUUUGACAUUAUUAUCGUUUUGAAAAGUAAAAUUAAGCAGAAGCAAACGCUUAUAAAGCCACAGCCAGGAAUGCUAGCAUCGACAGUUAGCAUUACAGCGCUAACUCUGCGUGGUUUAUGUGUUUACAGGCACACAAGGGAGGAAAACUUGCCUAAAACUGUGUAGAAUAGUUGCAUGUGGGAAACUGCACAUCCGAAAUGUGCUGGAUUUAAGUGUAAGUGAGAUUAUUCCAAGAGAAGAUUGCUGAGUGAGGCCUAACAGAGUUAGCUAAAGUCAUCUUUGGUGGUCACACUGAAUUCAGUGUUUUGCUUGGACCAGGAAAGAGCUGCCUAUGGCUUUUUACACGUUAAUGCCCUUUUAAAAUGCACUCUUUUACAGAAAAGGAUUGGGUGAAAAAGUGUUUCAUGAGGUGUAUAAAAAAUAAAACCCCCGUUGUUGUUUUUGAAUGCGUUAUUAUACAGGAGAUAAAAUCUUUUUGCUUUUAUAAAUUAUGCUUUUUUUGUUUGUUUUUAAAUAAAUGAUUAUAGGAUUCUCGUGGGGAAACCCUUGUUAUUGAAAUGUGAAUAAGAUUUUCUUUUUUAUAGAUUAAAUGCUAUCAUAAAUGCUGUCAUAUCACAGAUGCUGUUGAUCUUUUUCUAUAAAACUUGUUGCAUUAAAGAUGUAAGAAAACA